AUGGGCCACACCACUACUCAAGCAGUGGAAUCCUCCCAUGCUGCGAUCAAGAAGUACCUUGUUUCUUCUAGGGCUGACCUCAAGAGCGCCACUCACGGGCUCCCUUGUCGGCAUAUUCUAUACCGACAUCUGACUGGCGACGAGCCAGUGACCAUACAGCAGAUUCACAAGCAUUGGUGGUUGUGGCGGCCGCAGGAACAACAGCAUGUUGGCGAUGAUGACAGUAGAAAUCCCAAUGUUGAAGUGGUUGGGAUUAUGCCGAUGCCAGACAUCCCGUUGGAUCCUCGUCAGGUGAAGGGCAAGGGCCGCCCUGUUGGGGCAAUUGCCACUCCCUCUGCUGCUUCCAGGAAGAAGGGCGCUGGCGUCAACAGCACCAAGCGGCUGCCGUCAGCAUUCGAAUACAACAUCGAAGACGAACUAACCACGGCAGUACCGGCGCCGAAGCAGCAGCAGCAGCAGCAGCAGCAGGCCGGCGCGGCCUCAACGAAGCGAUUCGGGCCAGCGGCGCCGCCGCCAUCAACAGCGCCAGCAGCAUUGGGAUUAGGGCAGGGGCGAGCUAUUGAGGGCAGCAGCAGGAUAGAGCAAGUUCAGCAGGGACUUCGGGGUCGGCGCCGUGAUGCCGAGUGGAGCGCCCAAACGCAGACUUCCGUUGAGGACCGCAUUGAGGACUGUAUUGUGGUCGCCAUGACCUCGGUCAAAGGCGCCACAGCCAAUUCCAUGGUUACAAGUACAAAACUCGGUCUGCAGCGCCUGCGCCAGGUUGGGAGAGACUCGUACGAACCCGGCACAGCGGCACCGCGGGCCUCCGGUCGAUUCAUCGAUGGCCUAGAUGCCCUGGAUCCCGACAUUGAAGAUGACCAUGAUUGGGCGCUAGCGGCAGCCGAAGUAGCUGCCCGCGAGGAUCAGGAAGAUGCUGGUGCCGACAAACGGUUUUACCACCUCCGCGCGCACUUCAAGCUGAAGGAUGGACCUUCCUGGGUCAAUGCGCACGGCACACUGCUUCUACGGCUCACGGAAGGUGACUCGACCUCCACGGACGGCAAAUUCUGGGCUUGCCACAAGUGCUACAACAUCUUUGACACGGAGGCAACAACUUCGCCAGCCAAACACCUCCGGCAAAAGCACGGUAUUACGAAAGACGGCGAGCUUCUACCUGCAAACACUGCGGGCAAGAGAUCGUCGCCGGCGAUUGAUGAGCUCUUGCAAGCUCGAACCACCAAGAAGAGGAAGCGGAACAGGAGAGGGAGCUUCUCAACGCAUGGCGAGAAACUGGGCCAGUGGGUUAUCACGAAAAAGUUCGAGGGAAGGAAGCCCAAUCUUUGUGACGUUGUCACCGACAUCUUCAGCCUUCACCGGGAUCUCAAACAUCUACACCGAGGAUACAGCGCGGAGUUUGAGCGUUCGGGAGGCUUCGAUAGCUCUGUAUUUCCGCCCAACAACGAGCGGCCCGCGAGUCAGCUCCCGGCAUUCUCGCCUCCUAGACCGGCUACGGCACAGCAACACCCGCGCCGGAUUCGUCGCGUGCCUGCCCGGUUUGCGGAUUACGAAGUCGACCUCCCCGGGAUCGGGCUCCGCGACCCAGUUACCGCUCCUAGGCAGCAGGGCCUCUGUAUCGAGCUUGGGAAUCCUCUUCACGAUGAUCUCGAGGUGCCUUCCUUCUCGAGUCUUCAAUCCAGCCUUCAAUACGCCAUUGACAAGCUCGAGAAGUAUCUGAAGAUGCUUGACGAGACCCCUGCUUAUUGGGCAGCUCUUAUUUUGCACCCGGGCCGCAGGAUGAACGCUGCCGACGACGACGCGGCUGAUGCCGACGAUGCUGUGGGCAGCGACGACGAGCCGCUGUCAACGCGCACCGAGCGCGACGAUGACGCUGCGGGGGACAACGAGCAUGACGACGGCACGCGGGCGACGGACGGCGGUGACGCAGCCGCGGAUGUGGCACAAACUACGACGAACAGGAAGAGGAAGCGUAACCGCCCCAACAGGGCAGAAAGGGAGAAGCAGAACAGGCACGUGGAGUGA